UGCGAAGGCACGUAGAAACAUUGUCUGUUAAGCAGCAGCCGUCGCCCCUACAGCCACCAUGAACGCAUUGAGCAUCGUCGUCUUUCUCUGCGCGGCCUUCGCCACCGCCAUGGGUGGUAAUGUUGCCCUUGGCUCCGGUCUCGGCUAUGGUCUCGGCUAUGGAGGCUCCGGUCUCGGCUACGGGCUCGGUGGUGGUUACGGUGUCAGAGGCGUCGGCAUCGGCAGCAGCGUCGCCCUCGUUCACGGUGGCCCUGCCUUCGCCAAGGCCGUGGCUGGACCAGCCUUCCUCGUGAGGACUGUGCACCACGUCCACAAGGUGCAUAACGGAGGCGCCCUGGUUGCUCACUCAGGCCUCGGUAGCGGAUACGGAGCGGGCUACGGAGCCGGCUACGGUGGCUACGGUGGCUACGGUGGAUACGGAGGAUACGGAGGAUACGGAGGAUACGGAGGAUACGGAGGAUAUGGUUAUGGCAGCUAUGGCUACAAGGGCUAAUGCUCACGCAAUGCUUUGUUGCUCCGCUCAUUGCGCUCCACACGAUACAAUAUGAAGCCUCAUCCACCGCUAUCCCUAUGUUGGUCCGCAUAUCCUGACGCCUCAAGUACACAAAAGCCGGUGACCUAAAACUGUAGCUGCUGUACAUAAUGCCAGCUCGUAGGAAAAUAAAUCAAAGAAGACACAACAAGCAACCUCACAGGAGCUCUUCGACGCCUCGUUUCUACCUCAGGAAUCAUUAAAAAGGUUCUUCAUACAUGGCUUCUUCUUAUUUUUAAGGACAAAAGA